CGCGUCUACCUGCCGUCGGUCUUUGUCCGGCUCGUGCGCAACUCGGGCGAGCACAAGGACGACCCGUACACGGCCACGUUCCGCACAUCGCUCCAGCUCGCCAAGCCCGACAUCACCAACUACCUCAAGAACGUGUACGGCCUGCACGUCACGUCGGUGCGCACCAUCAACUACCUGUCGCCGCUCAAGCGGUCCCCGCUCGGCGGCGGCUACUCGCGGUCCGGCGGCACCAAGAGCUACAAGAAGGUCAUCGUCACCAUGACCGAGCCGUUCUGGUACCCG